AGUUGUUAUUAUGCUUGGAUUCACCAGGUGUUUGCUGUGUAGGUAUUUGGGGCAUGGGUGGUAUUGGCAAGACCACCCUUGCUGAUGCUGUAUUUCACAGGCAAUCCUCUAAAUUUGAAGUUCGUUGUUUUCUUGCAAAUGUCAGGGAGAACUCAGAAAAAACGGAUGGACUAAAUGUCUUGCGAAAUACACUUGUUCGUGAAUUAUUAAAGGAUGAACGUGUAAAUAUCAACACUCCGUCUAUACCACCUCAUAUUCAAGAUAGGCUCAGGCGUACAAAGGCGCUCAUUGUUCUUGAUGAUGUGAAUGCUCGAGAACAACUAGAAGUUCUUGUUGGCGAUCAUGAUCGAUUUUGCCAAGGAAGUCGAAUCAUUAUAACUGCUAGAGAUAAAGGCCUACUUGAGCAAAAAGUUGACCCUGAAAAGAUAUACGAUGUUGAGGGAUUAGGUUCUGAUGACGCUCUUAGGCUCUUUCAUUCCCAUGCUUUUGGAAAUAAGUCUCCAACAACAGAUCAUCCUGAGUUGUCAAGAGAGGUGGUGGAUUAUAUUAAGGGCAUUCCAUUAGCUCUUAAAGUUAUGGGGUCCUUAUUCCAUCGUUGCAAGAGCAAAAAAGAGUGGGAAGCGAAAUGGAACAAAUUGAAACGAGUUCAAAUCGGAGAAAUCCAGAAAGUGUUGAGAGUAAGUUACGAUGGAUUAGAUGACAUUGAGAAGGAGAUAUUUCUUGAUAUAGCUUGUUUUUAUAAAGGCUAUAAGAGGAGAGAUGUAGAAAGAAUGUUAGAUUGUUGUGAUUUCUUUGGGGAAGAGGGAAUCAAUGAUCUUAUUGAUAGGUCUCUCAUAUCAAUUUCCAAAUUGAACUGCAUAGAGAUGCAUGAUUUGGUGCAAGAAAUGGGUAAGGCAAUUGUUUGCGAACAACCUAUUGAAGAACGCAGUAGGUUGUUCAUUGCAGAGGAUGUCUAUCAAGUAUUGACAAAUAACCAGAGAGAUGGACAUGUGCAAGCAAUAUCCCUUGACUUGUAUAAGAUUCGACAGCUACACUUGGAGUUGGAACAUGCAAACUUCGAAAAUAUGUAUCAACUGAGAUUCCUACGUGUCAAUUCUAUUCCUGCAUCAAUUGUUUCUCUUGAUCUUCCCAAUUCUCUUAGAUUUCUUGAAUGGGAAUAUUAUCCUUUGAAAUCUUUGCCAUCAAAAUUUUCUGCUCAAAACCUUGUUUUCCUUCAUACGCGAUCCAACGAAGUUGGGGCGCAACUUUGGAAUGAAUACCAGAGUCCUAUGAACUUAAAAUGGAUCAAUCUUGCUUUCUCCAAACAUCUAACUGAAGUCCCAAAUCUCUCUCGGAGUCUAAAUAUUGAGCAUAUAGAUCUGCCUGGCUGUGGAAGGUUGGUUGAAAUUCCUUCGUAUUUUCAACAUCUUGGCAAGCUUACUUAUCUUAACCUUGGGAACUGCAACAAUCUCAAAAAUCUUCCCGAGAUGCCAUGCAAUCUUGAAUUUUUAAAUUUGUCUACGACAGCAAUAGAGGAAUUGCCUUCAUCAGUUUGGUCUCACGAAAAAAUAUCUCACUUAGAUAUUACAUAUUGUGAACACCUUAAGAGUCUUCCAAGCAACAGUUGUAAGCUGAAACUCUCGGGUUCUCUCAGUCUAAAUGGCUGCGACUCUCUUUGCGAGUUUUGGGAGCUUCCCAGGGAUACAACAGUGCUAGAGUUAAGUUGGACACCAAUAAAAGAAUUGAGGAAUGAAUCAAUAGAGUCUGUUGUUGGUCUCACUGCAAUUAAACUGAUCUUUUGCAAAAGCCUUGUGAGUCUCCCAACGAACAUUUGGAAGUUGAAAUAUCUGGAGAGCCUUGAUCUCAGUAGUUGCUCUAACUUUCAACACUUACCAGAAAUCUCGGAGGCUAUGGAACAUCUGGAGUUUCUAAAUUUAUCAUUUACAAAGGUUAAAGAGGUACCCCCAUCAAUUGGAAAUCUAGUUGCGCUUCGAAAAUUACACCUGGCUCAGUGCAGUAUACAAGAAAUCCCUGAUGACCUCUUUUGCUUAACCUCAUUACAAGAGUUAAAUCUGUGUGGGUCCGAAAUUAAGAGCAUACCUGCAAGCAUCAAACAAGCUGUUCAGCUGUCUCGCCUAUACCUCGUGGGUUGUGAGAGCCUUGAAUCUUUACCAGAGCUCCCCUCAUUGCUGCGAUGUCUUGAAGCAGGUGGUUGCACGUCACUGAAGACAGUGUCAAGUUCAAGCACUACAAUCACACAAGGUUGGGAAGAACAUAUAUUUUCUAGAGGGCUUCGUGAGAAACAUAUAUUUUCUAAUUGCCCAAAGUUGGAUGAGAAUGCACGAAGCAACAUAAUGGCUGAUGCACAGCUCAGAAUUAUGCGAAUGGCAACUGCAUCGUCAAAGUUUAAAGAAGACAAAAUUGAACAACCAUCAUAUGAUUCAGAUAAUAGCUACUAUGAGGAAUCUUUACGCACGAGAUCUUUUGUUGCCAUUUGUUGUCCUGGGAAUGAAAUUCCAAAUUGGUUCAGCCAUAAGAGUGAGGGAUGUUCAAUAAAGAUUGAGCUUCCUCGUGAUUGGUUUAGCUCAGAUUUCUUGGGUUUCGCUCUAUCUCUUGUUGUUGCUGCUACUCUAGGUUAUAUGGAGUUUGAAUGCAAGUACAACUUCAAAACUAGUAAUGGUGAAAGCCAUGAAUUCAACAAUCUCUGUUAUAUUGAGGCUCCGCACCCUCAAUAUGACAGAGAUUCACAUGAUGUGUUUGUGUGGUGGCAUAAUAAUGUCUUUGAAGAAGUUGUAGAGGGAGCUCAAAGCCUCGCUGCAUUUUACAAACUUGUUACUGAGGUCAAUGUUCACUUCACCGUACUGACUGGUCUUCGUAAACCCGUUCCGGUGGAAAAGUGUGGGAUAUGUAUGUUGUAUGGCAAAGAUGUUGAGAUGAUAAAGCAGAGGGCUUUGUAGAUCAAGCCGAUAUCCCUAAAUUCAAAAUUUCUUUUUAUUUGAGCUGUUUGCAAGACUUGUGGCUGAGGAUGCUUUUGAGUUUGUUAGGCUUAGGGGUGUCUUUCUUGUUUUAACCCUUGGCCCUCUCCAUCGCCAAGCUUUUUGGCUGAGGAUGCUUUUGAGUUUA